AUGACAGUAUCGGAUGGCUGCAGUGGGGGUGGAAGGACGCAAGAACAGAUCGUCAUCAUCUCCAUCUUUCAUCUCCAUUCCAAGCUCCAGCUCCAUCCGUCACGGGCCAUCCGUCAUUCAGCACAGCAUUGUUGCGUCGCACUGGCACGCACUGUUCGUCUGGCAACAACCAGCCUCAGACAGAGAGGCCAGCCCCAGGACAAAGAGCGGCAGGCAGAAGAGCGUCAAAAACGGUAUCCCUCCAGCCUCUUGGACUUCCUCAAUUCAGCAUCACCUGCAGAACUCCGAUAUGGCCAAGGUCAGUUUUUGUGGUACAGUGACAAUUUCAAGGCUGCUAGGGCCGGCGGAGCGGCAGAUGGGCUUGGGAGCCUGCCGCAGAGGCUGCAAAGUGGGGUUUUGGGUGGGCAAGACACUACCAGCUCCGAGGGUCAGAUACAAUGGAAAAUUUGGAAAAAUAGGGGGGCUUGA